AUGCAACAACUCAGAGCACAUGUUCUUAGGGGACCCAAAUUACCCAUACCAGGCUUCUCUCGGGGUUUCAACGACCUUCUUGCUGCUAUGCUGCAGCACGACCCCGACCGUCGCCCCUCGGCGUUGGACUGUCUGGGUUACUCUAUAGUGCGUUCAGUUGCUGCAGCAGACAGCAGCAGCAGCAGCAGCAGCAGCAGCAACAGCAGCAGCAGCAGCAGCAGCAAGGAGAUGCAUGCACAGCUCUAUCCAAAUGCUCGUCUCUCUACUAUUGAAGAAGAAGAAAAUGAAGACCCACAAACAAGUGAAUACCUUGACUGCAGCAGCGGCGACCACCAGCAGCAGCAGCAGCAGCAGCAGCAGCAGCAGCAGCAGCAACAGCAGCAGCAGCAAGGAGAUGCAUGCACAGCUCUAUCCAAAUGCUCGUCUCUCUACUAUUGA